AUGCUUAUUGGAAAAUAUUUAAUUGUCUCCAAUAUCAAGCAGGCCAAUUUUAUAUUUAGACCAACAUAUGAACAAACGCCCAGACAUUUUAGGUUUCUCACGGGGUUACUUCUUUGCUUAAAUUCAUUGCUUCUUUCUUUCUGCCCUUAUUUGGUUCUGUUUUUCUUUCUUUUAUUCUUUCUUUCUUUUUUCUUUCUUUUAUUCUUUACUUUCGCUCUUUCUGCAUUUUUUCUUUCUAUCGUUCUUUCUUUCUUUCUUUCUUUCUUUCUUUCUUUUCCAAAUCUUUCUUUCUUUCUUUCUUUUCCAAAUCUUUCUUUCUUUCUUUCUUUCUUUCUUUCUUUCUUUCUUUCUUUCUUUCUUUUCCAAAUCUUUCUUUCUUUUCCAAAUCUUUCUUUCUUUCUUUCUUUCUUUCUUUCUUUCUUUUCCAAAUCUUUCUUUCUUUCUUUCUUUCUUUCUUUCUUUCUUUCUUUUUCCAAAUCUUUUUUUUUUUCUUUCUUUCUUUCUUUCUUUAUUUUCUUUCUUUCUUUCUUUCUUUUUUCUUUCUUUUUUCUUUCUUUCUUUCUUUCUUUUCCAAAUCUUCCUUUCUUUUCUUUCUUUCUUUUCUUUCUUUCUUUCUUUCUUUCUUUCUUUCUUUCUUUCUUUCUUUCUUUCUUUCUUUCUUUUCCAAAUCUUUCUUUCUUUCUUUCUUUCUUUCUUUCUUUCUUUCUUUCUUUCUUUCUUUCUUUCUUUCUUUCUUUUCCAAAUCUUUCUUUCUUUCUUUCUUUCUUUCUUUCUUUCUUUCUUUCUUUCUUUCUUUCUGUUUUUCUUUCUGUCUAUUUAUCUAUCAGUCGGACUUCUGUCAUUCUGUAUUUCUUUCUUUAUUCGUCUCUUUAUUCUUUCUUUCUUGCUUUCUGUCUCUCUUUCCCUUUGUCUAACUUAUUUUUGUCUUUGUUUCCGCUUUUCUUUUCUUUCUGUCUUUGUUUGUUUCUUUUUUUUUACCUCUAUCUUUCUUUCUGUCAUUUUUCUUUAUGUCUAUCUUUCUUUUUUUUCCAUUCUUUGUUUCUGUGGUUCUUUCUUUUUUUUUUUUUUUUUUUCUUUCUGUCUUUCUUUUUUUCAUUGCAUCUUUCUUUCUUUCUUUUUUGCUUUCUUUCGUUCUUUUCUUUUUUCCUUUCAGUCUUUCUGCUUUUCUUUGUUCUUUGCUUCUGA